GGCAAAAAACCUUUGUGGAAAAACUGUAAUGCCUCUUUUUCAAUUUAAUGUCAAAACAACUCUUUAAUCACAAAUUGAUCGUUUUAUUUCACACAUGUACUGUACAAACAAAACCGUAAUCAAAAUUUCCCCAGAUAUUUUCCAUUCCUCAUUUAUUUAAACAGCCACGUGACUCAUGACCAUGCACUGAUACAGUCAGCGAAUAUGAUAACAAACGGUGGGACACUCGACAGCUGCAUGACUGGACAACGCGCACACGUCAACAGUAAAAACACGAACAGCGAAGGUUUGGCUGAGGCAUAAAAGAAGCUGAAAACGUCUGUGACUCUUCAGAAACGUUGGUGACGCUUCGCAGACAUGCUGAGGUUUUUGGUCUUGACAACUCUGGCAGCUCUGGGUAAGAAAACGAAACACUCACACGCGCACACACAAUAUGGAAAUGUUCAUUAUUGAUCCUCUUCCUCUCCAUCAGGCUACUCGCUGUCACCUUGUCACUCAUUUGAAGCUUAGUGAAGCUAAACGGAGUGCAGUGCAUUAUUCUGGCGCUUUCUUUCAACUAAAACUGAAAUGUCUCCUGUGUUAUCUUUUUCCACCAGUGCUGGCUGAGCUGGAGCCCCAGCCCAGGUACUUGGAGGACAGUUUGGAGAGGGUGGUGGGAGGUGAAGUGGCCCGGGAGAACUCCUGGCCCUGGCAAAUUUCCCUUCAGUACAAAUCUGGCUCCAGGUUUCACCACACAUGUGGAGGAACUCUGGUUGAAAGAGGCUGGGUCAUGACUGCCGCUCACUGCGUGGACCGCCAAAGGACAUGGCGUGUGGUUCUGGGUGAGCACGACCUGAACAGGAACAGCGGCAGAGAGCAGGUCAUGAGCGUCAGCCGCGUUUACAUCCACCCGAGAUGGAAUCCCAACAACGUGGCUGGCGGCUACGACAUCGCCAUGCUGCGUCUGUCCGGCGAGGCCUCCCUCAACUCUCAUGUGCAACUUGGCUCCCUUCCCCCCUCCGGACAGAUUCUGCCCCACAAGAACCACUGCUACAUCACCGGUUGGGGACUCACAUCCACUGGUGGAAACCUGUCCGCGCAAUUGAAGCAGGCCUUCCUUCCCCUGGUGGACCACAAGACCUGCACCAGCCCCAGCUGGUGGGGAGGCAGCAUCAAGACCACCAUGGUGUGCGCUGGUGGUUCAUCUGAGUCUGGAUGCAACGGAGACUCUGGCGGUCCACUCAACUGCCUGGUGAACGGAAAAUACUACGUACACGGCAUCGCCAGCUUCGUGUCCGGCUACGGAUGCAACGCUAUCAGGAAACCCACAGUCUUCACCCGUGUUUCCGCCUACAACGAAUGGAUGGACUCGAUCAUGAUGUAAACAAACAGAAGGACAGAACUCCGUAAUCAGUCCACCAUCUUACAAUCUUUCAAAAUAAAGCACAACUACAUAAUAUUGAGUGAUGACUCUUUCUUGUUAGCUAGGAAUUGAUGGUAGUAUUGAACCGAUUCC